AGCUGUGCUUCUCAUCCGAGUUCCUCGUCUCGACGAUGGGGCGCGAGACGGAGAACGCAAAGCUGCAGCUGGGCGACCUGGCCGUCAUCACCAAGCAGCGGCCACGCGACUGCGGCUCCUUCGCAAAGGAGAUGUUCACCGACAGCGACAUCUUCACCAUGGCCUUCAAGCCGGGGCACAACCUGUCGCCGCAGCAAAAGGCGACGAUGAUGGCCUCGCUCAUCCUCACCGACUACAUGUUCUUCGAGAACGACAACGGGAUGUGCUACUGCGAGGGCUCCAAGCUCCACAUCACCCUGUGCAACACGUACUGCUGCGGUCACACCUGCCCCUGUAAGGUUGUGCUCGACGGCAACAACAAUAACGGAGGCGGCGGCUGAGGCGCAUGCUGGUCGCUAGGCUCGCGGAAUGAGCCUCGACCCCGUGCCGCCGUGAUGGGGCCCUAACCGCCGCCGUGCUGGUCUUAUACUGGUUACUGCUGAAUUAUACUGGCGAAUUGCGUUAUACCCAUUAUUGUUCAUUAACCCCUUCUUCAGGUUCAUUCAGGAAGGUUGGCGUUGGGGGUUCAAUGGACUUAAAUUAUUUAGACAAUACU